CAACACCCAAUUGGGCUUUUGUUUUUCUCUAUCUAUAUAUAUAAUCACCAGAGAGAGAGAGAGAGAGAGGGGGAGAGAUUCUUGAAUUCAAGAUCCAUAUUCUUGGAUUGACUUUCAGUUGUUGUCCACUGUUACUUCACGAAAACUCAACCCCAAACACACACACAAAUUUGAUUUGGGUAUCAUUAAAAUUAACGUGCUUACUGAUAAUCAGUUGGUGAUGAUAAUCUUUUUUCUUCGAUUAUCAUAAUUAUGGGCAGAUUUAUCGGUGGCUUUGUGUUGCCUUUACUACUUUUAACAGCCGCGUUACUCAAUUGGAGUUUGUUCUCUCUUGGCAAUCUGCUAGCUUCUUUACUUAUUCUUUUCACUCCUCCUAAAAGAGGAUUCCAAUCAAGAGGGGAGACUUUACUAUGGGUCAUUAUUCUUUUUUCAUUUCUUGUAAUACUUUCACAAGCAACAUUUCUAAUCACAUGGGCCAUUGUAUGUGGAGACUGCCAUGCAGGUGUACCAUGGUGGGCAGAGCUGUUAGGAUUCAUGAUAGUUGAAACAUGGAGAUCACCCAUAGUAAUUUAUCUUUUGACUGUGCAACUAUUUGUGGCGUUCACUGCUUUUAUUGAACUCCAUGAAAGCAGAUUAGGUUUGUUUAGACAGACGUCUACAUUUUUUGGGAGUUUCUCAUCAGCUUUUGAUAGUAUAGGUUCACACAUGAAGGUUGCUUUCUGCUUGCUGUUGCCUGCUGUUCAAUUGGUUGUAGGGAUCAGCUAUUCUUCUUGGUUGUAUUUGCCAUUUUUUGUUUGUAGUUGUGUGGGACUUGUGGAUUGGUCCUUAACAAGCAACUUUCAUGGCCUCUUCAGGUGGUGGAGACCUCUUUGGCUGUAUGCAGGAUUCAGUGUAUUCUUGCUCUAUGUAUAUCAGCUCCCCAUAGGGAUCCCGAAGUACAUUGGUAUGAUAUGUGAUUUCAUCGGCCUGUACAAAAUCUCUAUGGACUCUGAGUGGACACAAACUUGUUCUGGUCUUUCACUGAUCACAUUUUGCUUCAUGCUUUCUUUUGUUAAAUUUGAUUUGGAAGAAUUGGAUUCCAUCAUGUCCACAAGUGAAGGCAACUUGAGUGAGCAUCUUCUGCCCUUAAAGAAUUCCUUCUUUGUUGGUGAAUCAAGAUCUGGUGUAAGACACACCAAUGUAUUAUUAAGAGGCGCAGUUUUUCGAAUAUUCAGCAUAAACUUCUUCACAUAUGGUGUCCCGGUCUCCCUGUUUGCCCUUUCGUUAUGGAGCUUCUAUUUUGCUAGCGUCUGCGCGUUCGGGUUACUUGUAUACGUUGGUUACAUUAUAUUUGCUUUCCCAUCGAUGUUUCAUAUGCAUCGGCUAAAUGGGCUGCUCCUGGUCUUUAUUCUGCUAUGGGCUGUCAGUACUUAUAUCUUCAAUGUCGCAUUUUCAUACCUCAACUGGGAUAUGGGAAAGGACAUGGACAUUUGGGAAAUGGUGGGGUUAUGGCAUUAUCCCAUCCCUGGAUUCUUUAUACUAGCUCAGUUUUGUCUUGGUGUUUUGGUUGCUUUGGGGAAUCUCGUGAACAAUUCUGUUUUCCUUUACAUAUCAGACGAGGAGGCUCACCAUACAUCAAAUGGAGAUGGUACUCCUGAAGUUAAAGAAGAAACAAAAGUGCUGAUUGUGGCUACAAUUGCGUGGGGACUACGAAAAUGUUCUCGUGCUAUCAUGCUAGUGCUAAUUUUUCUCAUCGCAAUGAAGCCUGGUUUCAUUCACGCCAUAUAUAUGAUAUUCUUUUUCUUGUAUCUUUUGAGCCACGACAUUGGCAACAAAGUGAGGCAAACCCUUCUUCUUCUGUGUGAGAUCCAUUUCGCUUUGAUGUACUCUCUUCAAAUAACUCUCAUCUCUCAAGCAUUGGAGAAAAGUGGCUCUAUAAGUUUGGAAAUUUUAUCUCAAUUAGGUUUUCAUGGAAAUAAUAGCACGUGGAAUUUUGUGGUAAUAGCGUUGCUUGCAUGCUUCUGUGCCAUUCACAAGCACGGGUAUAAAAUGCUGUUUUCGUUCUCAGCAAUUGUGCAGCAUACACCCUGUCCUCCGGUUGGGUUCAGCAUCUUGAAAGCAGGUUUGAACAAGUCGGUUUUGUUGUCUGUUUAUGCCUCUGGAACUGCCAGAAAUGAUGAUGAUAACCCAUCCCAAGAGAGAAAAGUAGCUUCAUAUCUAAGUGCAGUCGGGCAGAAAUUUUUAUCGUUGUAUCGAUCAUUGGGCACCUAUAUUGCCUUUGCAACGAUACUUGUUACGGUUUACAUGGCAAAGCCAAAUUUUGUAUCAUUUGGGUUCAUUUUCCUUCUCCUGUUCUGGAUCACUGGUAGACAACUAGUUCAAAAGACAAAACGCCGUCUUUGGUUCCCGCUGAAGUUAUAUGCAAUCACAAUGUUUGUUAUUUGCUAUAUUUUAAGCAUCUUCCCCUCUUUUGAGUUAUGGGUAUCCACAAAAUUCGAUCUUUAUGCAAUUCUUGGAUACAAUCCCGAAGCCUCGUUAUUGAAAAAUGUUUAUGAAUCAUUAGCAAUAACCAUCGUGAUGCAACUUUAUAGCUAUGAGAGAAGACAAAGUAGGUAUAGAACAACUGAAGAUCCAAACCGAAUGCAAUUUGGGAUUAUCGGGUUUUUUAGAAGGCUAUUAAUAUGGCAUAGUCAAAAGAUCUUGUUUGCUGCUUUGUUCUAUGCUGCUGUAUCUCCUAUAAGCGCCUUCGGGUUCUUAUAUCUUCUUGGUAUCCUAUUAUGUUCGGUUUUACCAAAAGCUUCACGGGUGCCGUCAAAACUGUUUCUUGUUUACACGGGGGUUCUUAUAACAAUUGAGUACUUAUUCCAGAUGUUGGGUGGACAAUUGGAUAUGUUUCCGGAACAGAAAUAUUACAGUUUAUCGGUUUUCCUUGGUUUAACGGUAUAUGAGCCUGGGUUUUGGGGGGUUGAAGCAGGGUUGAGGGCUAAGGUUAUGGUUGUUGCUGCCUGUACUCUUCAAUAUAAUGUCUUUUAUUGGCUGCAGAUGAUGCCCAGUUGGCUUUCAGGUGUCGGUCAAUGGGAAGAACCGUGCCCGUUGUUCUUUUCUGAAGAAGAUGUGUUACUGAAUGUUGACAAUAAUGCAUCUUGUAGUUCCAGUGUUGAGAAAAAAGGUAUGAAAAGCAGUAGUUCAUGGCAUUCGGUUAGUGAUGCUGGUACAAAAAUUGGAAUUACAGAGAGUAGCAGUAGAAGAUACGUGGUCGGGGAUUUUUGGGGGAGUUCUAACGAGAGCCAGAAAUGGAACAAGAAACGUAUUCUCGCAUUAAGAAGAGAACGUUUCGAAAUGCAGAAAACUUCACUGAAAGUUUACUUGAAGUUUUGGAUGGAAAAUAUGUUCAUCCUUUUCGGGCUCGAGAUCACCAUGAUUGCAUUGUUACUUGCAAGUUUUGUGCUUCUUAAUAUCAUUUCAGUUCUGUUUAUUGCAUCACUUGCUGCGUGUGUACUUUUACGUCGCCAGUUUAUACGCAAAGUGUGGCCGUUCUUUGUGUUUUUGUUUGCUACUGUACUUGUUCUUGAAUAUUUUGCUAUCUGGAGGACCAAAAUUCCUUCUGGUGAUCCCGAAACCACCACGAAUUGCCAUGAUUGUUGGCGGAGUUCCAGUAAGUAUUUUCACUAUUGCCGUGACUGUUGGCUCGGGCUGACUGUCGAUGAUCCAAGAGUACUCAGUAGUUAUUUUCUGGUGUUCAUGUUUUCAUGUUUCAAGCUCCGAGCAGAUCGGUUUGGUAGUUUCUCAGGAUCGUUUACUUAUCGGCAAAUGAUAUCUCAACGCAAGAAUGCUUUCGUGUGGCGAGAUCUCUCAUUUGAAACCAAAUCAAUGUGGACCAUCCUUGACUACUUGAGACUAUACUGUUACUGUCAUCUAUUAGAUCUUGUUCUUGCACUGAUUUUGAUCACCGGAACUCUUGAGUAUGAUAUCUUACACCUUGGUUAUCUUGCCUUUGCUGUAAUUUUCUUUCGAAUGAGGCUUACGAUACUCAAGAAAAAGAAUAAUAUCUUCAAGUGGUUGCGAAUGUACAACUUUGCAGUAAUCGUCCUUUCUUUGGCAUAUCAAUCUCCGUUCGUCGGCUCUUUCAAUGAUGGAAAUUGUGAAAGGGUGGAUUAUAUUUAUGAGGUUAUUGGAUUUUAUAAGUAUGAUUAUGGUUUUCGGAUUACUUCGAGGUCUGCUUUGGUUGAGAUUAUCAUUUUCAUACUGGUAUCACUGCAAUCAUAUAUGUUUGCUUCUGAAGAAUUUGAUUAUGUGUUUCGGUAUCUUGAAGCUGAGCAGAUUGGCGCCAUUGUACGGGAACAAGAAAAGAAAGCCGUUUGGAAAACUGAACAGUUACAAUAUAUCCGUGAAGCUGAGGAGAUGAAAAGGCAACGUAAUUUGCAAGUCGAGAAGAUGAAAUCUGAAAUGCUUAAUCUACAAAUCCAACUCUAUAGCAUGGAUCCGGCACCAGCACCGGCGCCUACUGCGAGUACCGACUGUUCUCCACUACGCGAGGGGUUAAGGAGGAGAAGUGUUGAGCCUACUAGUCUAAGUCUUGAAAAUGAAGAUAUGACUCCCAAGAAACAAAAGUCGGCUUCUUUUGUGGACUCAUUUUUUCCUUUUGAAAGUUUAUCGGCAGUUGCAUCUCCUAAGAAAACAUCCAUGUCCGAAAUCACCGAGUAUGAAGAGAAUGUGUCCGAUCUGCAAACGAAAACCAAGGCCCCCAAAAGGGAAACUUCAUUGAAAUCUGCUGUACAGUUGAUCGGUGACGGUGUCUCGCAGGUACAGUCAAUAGGAAAUCAGGCAGUUACAAAUCUGGCAAACUACUUGAAUAUUCCUCCUGAAAAUUCAGAUUCAGAUUCAGAUGUUCCUUCGUCGUCUAUAAAGAUUGAUAAACAUGAAGCUGAACAUCAAAAUGAAGGUUACAUGGCUUUUAAUCGUUCAACUUCUGUGGAAUCUGAUAGAAGUGAUUCACCGAGGAUACAUAUUGGCCGUAUCUUUCGACAUAUUUGGGCACAAAUGAGAUCAAACAACGAUGUUGUAUGUUAUUGUUGUUUUCUUCUUCUCUUCCUUUGGAACUUCAGCCUGCUUUCAAUGGUGUAUCUUGCAGCUCUGUUCUUGUACGCACUUUGUGUCACAACGGGGCCAAGUUAUACAUUCUGGGUUGUCAUGCUGAUCUACACAGAGUUCUACAUCUUGAUUCAGUACAUGUAUCAAAUUAUCAUCCAACAUUGUGGUUUCACCAUCCAAUCGCCUUUUUUAGCAGUAUGGGGGUUUCCGACAAGAAAAAUAGUAUCAUCAUUUGUGAUCAGUUUAUUGCCUCUGUUCCUGGUGUACCUUUUUACCUUAAUUCAAAGCUCGAUAACCGCAAAAGACAGUGAGUUGGCUUCAUCAACCGAGUUCAGUAGUCUGACAGGGGGGGUUGUGAAUCAAAGCGAGGUUCUUCUGAGUUCAAUAUGGAGAGAGAACAUACGAAAGCUCAUUCAACCUGCAAAAUACUUUGCAAAAUUGAUCAUCAGAAACUGUACUCGAUAUUGGAAAUCACUGACACAAGAAGCGGAAUCUCCCCCGUAUUUCGUCCAGUUGUCCAUGGACGUCCGUUCAUGGCCGGAAGAUGGGAUCCAACCAGAAAGAAUUGAGUCCGGAAUAAACCAAGUUCUUAGAUUCGUUCAUGAUGCAAGAUGUAAAAAUUCAAAUCCAGCUGCUUGCCCAUGUCCAAGUAUUGUUCAAGUUCAAAGCAUUGAAAGGAGCCAAGAAAAUUCAAAAAUUGCAUUAGCGGUUUUUGAAGUGGUGUAUGCAUCACCAUGGGAAGGAUGCUCAUUAACUGAAAGAUACAAAUCACUUACUCCAGCAGCUGAUGUAGCCAAAGAGAUAACUGAAGCACAACGGGCAAAACUUUUUGAAAAAGUGGGAUUUCCGUACCCGAUCGUCUCUGUAAUUGGUGGAGGAAAAAGAGAAAUCGAUCUUUAUGCGUAUACGUUUGGUGCAGAUUUGGCUGUUUUCUUCUUGGUUGCCAUUUUCUACCAAUCUGUUAUAAAAAACAAAAGCGACUUACUCGAUGUUUAUCAGCUCGAAGAUCAGUUUCCAAAGGAGUUCGUGUUCAUUUUGAUGGGCAUCUUCUUUCUGAUCGUACUUGAUCGAAUUAUUUAUCUGUGUUCAUUCGCUACCGGGAAAGUGAUAUUUUACAUUUUUAACCUUGUUCUUUUCACAUAUUGUGUCAUGGAUUACGCUUGGAAUACAAAACAAUCACAGCAAAGUGCAGCGGGUUUCGCACUCCGUGCAAUAUAUCUCACGAAGGCAAUUUCUCUCGCACUUCAAGCAAUGCAAAUACGAUCUGGGGUUCCUCAUAAGAGCACGUUAUACCGGCAGUUUUUGACUAGUAAUGUCUCGAGAGUCAAUUAUUUGGGGUAUAGACUCUAUCGGGCACUACCGUUUCUCUAUGAGUUAAGAUGUGUGCUUGAUUGGUCAUGCACCACCACCUCACUGACAAUGUAUGACUGGCUCAAGUUGGAGGACAUAAAUGCAAGCUUGUAUCUCGUCAAAUGUGAUUCUGUUCUAAACAGAGCGAGUCAUAAACAAGGUGAAAAGCAGACAAAAGUGACUAAGUUUUCCAAUGGGAUAUGUCUAUUCUUUAUAUUAAUCCUCGUCAUCUGGGCUCCUAUGCUUAUGUAUAGCAGUGGCAAUCCAACAAACAUAGCAAACCCCAUAAACGAGGUCAGCAUUCAGCUUGACAUAAAGACCAAUGGUGGAAGGCUGAUGUUGUACCAAACAACUCUAUGCACAAUCACCCCAUGGACGGAUUUCAAUUCUUCAAUUGAUCUUGACCCUCAAGGUUAUCUUGAAUCAUAUAAUGUAAAUGAUAUCCAACUGAUAUGUUGCCAAGCAGAUGCCACUAAUUUGUGGCUUGUUCCAAAUGUGAUUCAAAACAAAUUCAGUCAAUCGAUUGAUAAGGAGAUGGAUAUGAGGUUUAAUUGGAUUCUCACUCGAGAUAGGCCUAAGAACAAGGAAAAAGUGAUGUUUGGGAAAACUUUAGAUCGUUCAGAUCUUCCAGAACCAUCAGAAGUUAAACAAGUUCUUGAAGGUUCUAGCAACAGCUUUAGGAUAAACAACACGUAUGCUCGGUAUUUUCGUGUCACGGGUUCUGGGGAUGUCAGAGCAUUUGACCAAGAGGCAACUGGUGUUGAUGGAAAGGUUUUUUUGAACCGUGGAGAGUCGGAAUGGUGGUCUUUUUAUGAUAUUAGUUUGUUGAACUCAAGUGUGUGCGGAGAUUUGGUGGGGCCCAUGGCAAUUGUUGUAUCAGAAGAAACACCACAGGGAAUUCUUGGAGAGACUUUGAGUAAGUUCAGUAUAUGGGGUCUCUAUAUUACAUUUGUGCUUGCAGUCGGUAGAUUCAUAAGGCUUCAGUGUUCUGAUCUCAGAAUGAGAAUUCCAUACGAGAACCUUCCAUCUUGUGACAGGUUGAUUGCAAUUUGUGAGGAUAUUUAUGCUGCUAGGGCUGAAGGGGAGCUCGGAGUCGAGGAGGUUCUGUAUUGGACAUUGGUAAAAAUAUACAGGUCACCACAUAUGCUGCUAGAGUACACCAAUCCUGACUAGCGUGUUAGAAAGCGAGUACACAGUUGUUUUUUUGCUGAAAGAACUGACUAACUACUGAACUGCUAACGAUAGGGUAAAAUCCCAAGCUGCUUUUUUGCGGGGAAGAGAUGGGAGAGUGUAUCAAUCAUUCAUUAACAUGUUUGUGUAUAUAUUACUUCAUAGGGAGGUUGUAUUGAGUGCCUUCUUUGUAACAUACAACCAUGUAACACAAUUCUCUGUUUGUCCCUCCUCGGAAUUACCUUAAUUAAGCAUGUAUUUUAAACAUGCAAUAUGAAACCAAGCUGAUUCUUGAAUUUAAGAAUGUUUGACUGA